AAAAAAGGAGAAAGGAGUCACUGAGGGGGCUGAGUGGAGUGAGAGAGCUUUGAUGGUUGCUACACCCCACUCAAUCAAUGAAUUGAUGCUGCCCUUUUUCACUCCCUCUUCAGGUUCUUCUUCUUCUUCUUUUCUCUGUCUCUCUCUCUCUCUCUCUCUCUGUUUUCUUAGCUUUUUUGUAAUGCAUAACCGUUCUCCAUAAUCAUCAUUAUUGGCAUCAUAAUCAUCUUCCAGUCAUAGGACUUUAAGGGUUUUUUUUUCCUCCAUUUCUUAAACCCUAGAAAACCCCUCAUCCACACAACCCCAAUUGAGCUUUUUAUUUUUAUUUUUGCAUGACCCAUUGUAGUAACCCUCCUCCUCCUUCAUAUCAUCAUCCAGUCAUGGGAGUUCAGGGGUCUGUUUUCAUCUCUUAAGACUUAAACCCUAGAAAAAACGCCUCUGCUAAACAGCCCAUUUUUUAUUUUUAUUUUUUAUUUUUAAUGCAUGACUCAUGUCAUAAUCAUCUUUCACUUAUGGGACUUUUAAGGGUUUGUUUCAUGAUUUCAUCUCUUAAACCCUAGAAAACCCCUAAUACCCAUCAUCAUAAUCUUCUUUCAUUUGUGGAACUUGAAGGGUUUGUUUCCUCUCUUCAACCCCAUAAGACCCUAAUCCACACCACGCAUUCUUGAAUUUUUGGGCAUAACCCAUCAUCAUAUUCAUCAUAAUCAUCUCUGAUUCAUGGGAAUUCAAGGGAAUGCUUCUUCCCUCAAACCCUACAAAAACCCUAACCCACAUCACUCAUUGUCAUUGCCACUGUCACUGCUCUUGUUGAUACUACUGAUCUACCCAAACCCGCCUCUUUCUGCUUCUGUUGAACUCAACCCUGAUCACCAAGCCUCUCUACUCCUCUUCAAAUCAUGGCUGCAAGACCCUAACCAAGCAUUGUCAACAUGGGUUGGGUUCAACUGCACCAGUUGGGCUGGACUCACCUGCCAUAAUCAAACUGGCUGGCUCAUUUCCCUCAACCUAACAGCCAUAAACUUGUCAGGACCCCUUCACCCCAUGUUGUGCAUGAUCACCACUCUUGAAACCCUAGUUUUGUCGCGUAACAAUUUCAAUGGUACAAUUCCUCAGUGUUUUGGAAAUAUCUGGGGUUUGAAAACCCUAGACCUUGGUUUUAAUAGGUUUUCUGGUGAUAUACCUGGUACAUUUGUGAAACUCAGGCACUUGAGAGAGCUUUUGUUGAAUGGAAACCAAGGUUUGGGGGGUUUUUUGCCUAGUUGGAUUGGUAAUUUCUCGAAAAAGCUUGAGAAACUUGACUUGAGUUCCAACAUGUUUAGAGGAAAAAUUCCAAAAACUUUGUUUUACUUGGAAUCACUCGAAUAUUUGGAUCUUGGAAACAAUUAUUUGUUGGGAAAUGUUGGUGAGUUUCAUCAACCUUUGGUUUAUCUAAAUCUUGGUUCUAAUGAGCUUUCGGGUACUCUGCCUUGUUUUUCGGCAUCUGUUGAAUCUCUCAGUGUUCUCAAUUUGGCAAAUAACUCAAUCGUGGGAGGAAUACCGACAUGUAUUGCUUCGCUUAGAUCAUUAUCACGGCUGAAUCUAUCCUCUAAUGGGUUAAAAUAUGAGAUAUCUCCAAGGCUUGUGUUUUCAGAGAAGCUUCUUGUGCUAGACUUGAGUUUCAAUGACUUAUCAGGUCCUCUACCGAGUAAAAUUGCAGAGACAACAGACAAAUCAGGGCUUGUUCUUCUUGACCUUUCACACAAUCAAUUCUCUGGUGAAAUUCCAUCAAGGAUUACAGAACUGAAAAGUCUGCAGGCACUGUUUCUUUCUCAUAAUCUUCUCACCGGUGAAAUCCCUGCCAGGAUUGGUAAUUUGACCUAUCUGCAAGUAAUUGAUCUUUCCCACAACUCGCUUUCAGGUUCCAUCCCUUCGAACAUUGUUGGGUGUUUUCAGCUCCUUGCUUUGAUAUUGAAUGACAACAAUCUUUAUGGUGAGAUUCAACCAGAGCUUGAUGCAUUGGAUAGUUUGAAAAUAUUGGAUAUCAGUAACAACAAGAUUUCUGGGGAGAUUCCUCUGACGUUGGCUGGUUGUAAAUCACUGGAGGUUGUAGACUUCAGCUCCAACAAUCUCUCUGGAGCUUUAAAUGAUGCAAUAACCAAAUGGCAAAAUCUCAGGUUCCUUUCUUUGGCUCGAAAUAAAUUCAACGGAGCUCUUCCCAAUUGGUUGUUUACAUUCCAAAUGAUGCAAGCAAUGGAUCUUUCAGGCAAUAGGUUCUCUGGCUUCAUACCGGAUGGUAACUUCAACAUUAGCUUGAAUUUCAACUACAAUGACAUUGGUCCAAGAACCCCUGAGGAGCCACUGAUUACAAUCCAAGAUCCUGAGAUCAAAGCUUUUGCAACUGUUGCUGGUAGUAAUGAACUAAGCUUCAACUAUGAUCUAUUUUCAACAGUAGGAAUUGAUUUAUCUGGAAAUUUGCUACAUGGUGAGAUACCUGCAGGUCUCUUUGGACUGCAGGGUUUGGAAUACCUGAAUUUAUCAUAUAAUUUUCUUGAUGGUCAGAUUCCUGGUUUAGAAAAGAUGCAGAGAUUAAGGGUAUUGGAUUUGUCGCAUAAUUCUUUGUCGGGUCAGAUUCCAGAAAACAUUUCCAGCCUUCGAAAUCUGACGCUCUUGAAUCUUUCAUACAACUGCUUUUCUGGUAUUGUUCCAAAGGAGCAGGGCUAUUGGAGGUUUCCAGGAGCAUUUGCAGGGAAUCCAGAAUUGUGCGUGGAGUCCUCAGGUGGAAAAUGUGAGAUGGCAAGUAUCCCAACAGUGCCUGCAAAGGCGUUUAAAGAAGAAAUGGAGGAUGGACCAAUUUCAGUUUGGGUGUUUGGUGUAAGUGCCAUUGUUAGUUUCUAUUCUGGUGUUGUUUCUAUGUUUUGUUCGGCUCGAGCUAGAAAUUACAUUAUGCAGACAAAAGGUUAAUGCAUUUGAUAUGAAACUGAAAACUCUGUUGUACAUUCCCAUUGUUCUUUUCUAUCUUUGUUGUCUUGUCAUCUUGUCUAAAUAGAACCAACUCUACAAGAAAUGGAGCUCAUCACCAAUCCCUUCUUCCCUUUCAGUGAUGAAGUUUUAUACCGUUUUGGCACGUUAUUUUUGUAACACUGUAUUGUAAGAAACUGUGUUCUUAUGCCUUGAAUUUGUUUACGGUUUUGUCUCUGCUGCAGUCAGUUUUAGAAAUUUGGUUUUAAUUGGCUGUGAAAAUAAGCCAUUACUGGGUUUCUGCAUU